AUGACAAACUGGCCCGACGUUCACAUCAAGGCCGCCCCAGGCGUUCCUUUCUACACCCCUGCCCAAAGCCCACCCGCCGGCACAGCACGAAACCCCCAAACUAGCGGAAAGGCUAUCCCCAAGCUCUUCCAACCCCUGACUAUCCGGGGCAUGACCUUCCAAAACCGUCUGGGCCUCGCUCCCAUGUGCCAAUACAGUGCCCCAGCGGAUGGCCCCAACGCAGGCCAAAUUACCCCAUGGCAUCAAACUCAUUACGGAGGAAUUGCGCAGCGCGGUCCCGGUCUGAUGAUCAUUGAGGCCACUGGCGUCCUCCCUGAAGGCCGAAUCACCCCCGGCUGUCUGGGUCUGUGGAACGACUCGCAGAUCGCGCCUCUCAAGGAGGUUGUGGACUUUGCGCACAGCCAAGGACAGAAGAUCGGAGUCCAGCUCGCCCAUGCCGGUCGCAAGGCCUCCACACUUCCCCCAUGGGUUGGUGGAGCUACUGCGACCAAUGCUGUUGGUGGAUGGGUGGAUAACGUCAAAGCACCUAGUGCCAUUCCCUUCUCUCCCAAUGAUAUUGUGCCCAAGGCCAUGACCGCAGAGGACAUUGUUGAACUGAAGGAGGCUUGGCAAUCUGCCACCAAGCGAGCCCUGCGGGCUGGUGUUGACUUCAUUGAGAUCCACGCUGCACACGGUUACCUGCUUUCAUCCUUCCUGAGUGCCUCCUCCAACCAACGUACCGAUCAAUAUGGCGGUAGCUUCGAAAACCGCACUCGUCUGCCCCUUGAAGUGGCCCAAUUGACUCGCGACAUCGUCGGUCCUGAUAUGCCCGUUUUCCUUCGCGUCUCCGGCACAGACUGGCUCCAGAACAGCCUUCCCAACGAGCAAGGUUGGAAGCUUGAGGAUACCGUCGAGUUUGCCCGUCUUCUCGCUGAGCAAGGCGCGAUCGACUUGAUCGACAUUAGCUCCGGUGGUGUUCACGUCGCCCAGAAAAUUACCAGCGGACCAGCGUUCCAAGUCCCUCUGGCCGCGGCUGUCAAGAAGGCUGUCGGAGACCGAUUGCGCGUUGCCGCAGUCGGCAUGAUCAACCACGGUGAUCUUGCGGAGAAGAUCCUGCAGGAAGAGAACCUGGAUGUUAUUCUCGUUGGACGCGCAUUCCAACGAGACACUGGUCUCGCAUGGCACUUCGCUAAAGACUUGGACGUGGAAAUUGCGAUGGCUGCUCAGAUCCGUUGGGGCUUCACAAGCUUCCGCAACGCGUCGGAGUAUAUUCAGCCUAACUCGAUGAAGGCGACCAUCUUCGAUUGA